UAUAAACAUUCCAAUAUGUGCUCAAAGAAGGUCACAUUCUCCGACGUUACAGCCCUUCCAGGUUCACCUUUAGAGAGACUUCACUGUACAGUAUAUCCUCCACUCUGCUCGAUUAUCCUGCCGCUUGUGAUUCCAAUAGGACGUGAUUACAGCUGCAUUCUCUCGCGAGUGACCUAUAUCCCCCUACGAGAGCUGCUGAAGUUGUAAUUUUGCAACCCCAAUGAAAAGAGAGCGGGAGAGCAAUCAUGUUGCAGCAAUAUUGCAACCGAGAGCUGGAUUUUCACUAGAGCAAGGCAAUUCGAGCUAUUACUACGUAGGUUACGUAGAUGCUGUGUGGGUUGUUUUGGUGCAAGUUUGUCCUAUCCAGCGUGUGGCAUCCAAUUGGAAAUCUCCCGUUCCUACGUCCAAUGACGUCAUGGUGCGAUGGUAGAAAAACACACUGUUGCACACUUCACGGUUGAAAAGUGUGUGGAAUGGGGUGAUCAAUGCCAGUGAUUUAUUGAAUUUUAAUUCGAUUUGUAAGGUUUUAUUGCGCGUUCCUAGAAGGGACAAAAUUACUUCCAGUGGUAUGCACUGCCACUGGAAAGCAUCCUUUCAGUAGCAAGUAGAAUGUAGGACCUAGCACCAGGAUUGCUAGAGAAUGUUGUCAGGAAAGUAUUUCAUUUGUUAUCGGUUGUAGCACUGCUACAAUAUCAACAAAGUGUUGCAAAUUGUUAAAAUUCCAAAAAAAGGCAAACAUUCCAUCACUAUCGUCUACUCUGAAACUCUCCAUCACUCACUAGCUGACUGUGGCCUCGAAGCAGUAGGAGUUCUCCGCCCGUGUGGGUGCAUUUGUAAUUGACUUCCCGGGGGAGCUCUUGCCAGGAUGCUUUCCUCACUUCGUCCCUGGCUCUCUUUCAGUGCCAGUGUGUCCCCAGACUGGUGUGUGUCCCAUUGAUGGUGGUGUGAGCGUCGAGUGGCAAACGGUACAAUACGCCAUCAAUGGCGUGUUUUGUGAGGCGUUUGUAUUGCGUAUUGUAUAUGCACAACUGUUCCACGAUUUGCGUCACUAGCAGGGAGGACAAUCGUGUGCUUGACUCUACCUCCUGUGUAGUACCGCCAAACCAUCCUCCGCCGGAAUAGUUCAAGUAGAGUGCUUUUAUACACACAACAUAACAUGAGUUCCGCUUGUUGUGCUCGGUGGCGGAAAUUCUACUUUUUCGCUUUCGAUUUAAAAUCAACGGCCACACACACACGUCACAACUACUUCCUUUCCGGUUGUCUCCUCUGCUUGGGUCUGUAGUACUGAUUGUCGUAUUACUUGUUAGUCAUCAAUCGGUGGUUGUGUGGAGAGUAUGUUUUGUUACUCAAACACGAACCAUACACACACACACACUGAUCGAUCAUGCGUCAAAUGGGUGAGUUCUGGAAGCAUCGUCGUGGUAGAAUGAUUAGAAGCAACGCGCGAAACGAACCUACUACUCCUCCUCCUUCUUGAACCUGACACAUCCCACACCCGCAUAUAGAUUUGUUUUGUUGUUCGCAUCGGAAUUGCACCAACACCAAGUUUGUUCGAUAAUUAAAACCGAGAGCGAUUGUGGGGACAAUUAUGGAAGCAGCAAAGUGUGUGCUGUUGUGUGCUGGUGGCGGGUAUUUUGUUUAUUCCCGUUCCCGCCACUUGCAGCUUCAAUCAGACCCAUAUUAAUAGAUUGUGCAUAACAUUAUCGGCUCUGGGGGGAGUGGUAAGGGCUGGUGCGGCUAGUUCCAACCUCUAUGGAGUUUCAGCUAGACAGCGCAGAAUACUGCCAGGCACAACACAAAUAAGCGAAAGGCGCGCUUUUUCCCUGCCACCACCACCAUCAUCAUCACCAUCACCACCGCCGCCGCCGCCGACGCCGCCCAUCGCCGCCCUAUACCUCCCGGGAAAGAAGGAUAAUCGAGCUGGAGAAAGUUGUAGCUGGACGAGAGAGCGAGUGUGUGCUGGACGAAAGAGUGUGAUAGAGAGAGCGAGAGGGCGUGUGAGGAGGUAGAAAGCGAGCAAGGCGAGGAGAUCCUCUCGUGAAAGCGCGAAUGGUGGUUGCUGCGUAAGGAAGGAGGUCUCGCGCAAGAUCUGAAACACACACACAGACACAAGCCACCCGGGUAGCGAAGCUUUUGAAUGAGAAGCCCCGAGCUGGAGCGUACAUUGGAGAAGAAAGUGCUGCACGUCGUAGCGAAGCAUCGUCGCCAGCAGAAGGAAGAAUUGCACACGAGCGGUGUUUAUUCAUUGCCGUAGCCGCCAUCACCGUAAGCACCCUCCAAACAAGUGUGAGUGUGUGUCUGUGUGUGUUGGUUACACCCCUCUCCCACACGGACACGCGUUUCGAGGUCCUUGCUAGAGGAGAAAAGCAAAAAUAGACACAAAAUCGAAAAGGAAGCCACUGGAGCAAAAGCAUCGUCAUCAUCAUCACCACGAUCAUUAUCGUCAUUACCUCCAUCAUCAACGCGCAGUGUGCGGCAGGGAGAGUAUUGCGUCAGUCAGUGGACGGAGUGAGAUCGUCCAAACUCGUAUAUCCAUCCCGCAUCCAUAUCGCACCAAUCCUCUAUGUGAGGGAUUAGCUUAGCGUUAUUCGAGCAUCAUACGUUUUCACGACUUACGUUGCGCGUCGCUUUUCCCGAUCGGAAAGUACUGUUCUGUUGGUUUGGAGAGAACCGAAAACGCAUCCCUAACGUGUGCCAUCCCUUCAUCGCCUGGUGGAGAGUGCACUUGUCCGGAUUCUGGAUUCGCUUUAUGAUCGAUGUGUAUGUGAGUGUGUGUGUGUGUGCUUUAAAUAAUCCCAUCGUUUGCUGUGCGUGUGUGUGGCUCUUUACAACGUUGUGUGCGAGGCGUUUCGUUGCAAGUUCUGCAAGAACAAACUACGCUGCUGCAAGUGAACAACCAUCUUCGACAACUGCAAGCAAAACUCGGCGGCAGAAAACAACAUAUUGAGACUGAUUGUAAAAUAGAUCUAUUAAGAAUAGUAAACAAACAAGCAAAAACCUUCAAUCCAUUAUCAUCCAGCCAGCCGGCGACAAAGUGCAGUGAUUGAGCCAGGAGGGGGCGGUACGCGGUGUACUACCCUCGCAAAGACGUCGUGCGAUCGUUCGUAUACAGACGCACUCGCACAGGAUAAGAUAAUAUUCUUUGGAGGCAAAAGAACACAGCUAAAAACAAUCCCCCAACAACACACAAGCGCCAACAUCAUCCUGACCAACGUGAACGUAAACGAAGUCCUUAGACACAACAACAAGCGACCCUUCUGCUCGUCUCGUGAUCCCCCUUACAUCGGACCCGUUUCUAUCGAGGGAAAGGAGAGCGAAACAACACACUAUUCCACCGAAAUUUUGGCCGACGGUUUAGCCGACGUCGCGAUAUAGUCAACACGAAACAACUGAUUAACCAGUAGCGUAGCAGCUUCUUGAGAGCAACCGUUUGAACUCCUGCAGUCUGCUGGGUUUCUGAUGAAUAUAAAUGUUUCGAUUGAAAACUACUUUUAGAUACGUGUUUCAAGCUUUACUGUGAGGCGGACAAAUUUGUCACUUUUUUAUAACCAACCUACUACUAACGCGUCGAAAGAUUGCGCCCGCGCAAGCUGCUGCAUCUGCUGCCUGCUAAUUCCGUCACCGUGUUCGGCCACCGUCAGCCGAUCAGCAGGUGUGUGUUUUCGGAAGAACGCUUGCGGCUGCAACACAACCCUGAUCAGAUAAAAGAUAAGCACGUGUGUCUGUGUAUUUAAAGCGUCGUGGAAGAAAAUAAGAUAAUUCACCGGCACCAGGCGGCACCAGGCGGCACAGACUCCAGAGUGCUCGCAUCAGCGUGGUGGUGGUUAUCAGCGAAAACAGAUUCUACCUGUGCUUGCUGCGUAAAAGUUACUGUGUUACUCCGUUCAACGCUGUUGUGACUUAAUAACGGAGCAUACAUACCUAAGCCGAGCAAAGCAACGGUUGCUACGUUAAAUUGUGCUUGCAAUACUUCCAAUACACCGCACAGCGCCCGAGUGAUUCUGCUGACUGUGUGCACAGGAGCAUACACAAAUUACCGUAAAAAAGUAAUAUCCAUCGUUUCGAUUCUGGUUGCUGGUCAAGUGAUAACCUCCUCCCGUCAGGCAUCAGGCAUCUCGGAGAAAGCACAUCUACCCCAGCACUACAAGACCGGAAAGAUAAGAUAAUACACACACGGGUGGUGCGUCUGGAAUAUACAACAAGCUCUCGUUCUGCGGCUAAAAGUUGCAAAACAGAUCGGCAAAAGCAGCACACUGCAUCUUUUGUGUCAACCAUCCCCAAAAUCAACCGUUAAAGCCAACCGGGCGCAAGAGAUAAAGGAAGGAAAAAAGGCACGCGAAAAAGAUUGUGAUAAGAGAAUUUUAAGUUUUUUUUUGUUUUAAGUGGACCGCAUCAUCCAUCCCCCCGGUGUGCCGCGUCCCCAUUGAAGCGGUGUGCGGGCAGAAGCUUUCUGGUUUCGGCCGUCUUUUUAAACGUAUAUUAGUUUGUACUUGUGAUGAAAAUUGUAUCUAUUCGGAAGCAGUAACAUUGUAUUGCGCGCGCACCACAGUCAUUGAAGAAGAAGCAUCGGAGAGAGGAGGUUGAGGUUGAGAUAGCAACGCGCUGUGAAGGAGCGAUUGUUGUGCGAUUGUGUUGUAAGGCGUCGUUAGUUUUUUGUUUCCACCCCGUUUCCGUCUAUAAGACCCCACCCUCAGAAAAACCGCACCAGUGAACAGACGCUCUCCCUGCGUAAGCUCGCGGCUCGUCUACCCCGUCGGUUGUAAAAAGCGGCUAUUACCUUUCGUAGUCGUGUGCAGGAGAGCUUUUUAUGACAACCGUCAUCAUGCGCCAGAAGGACAUCAGACCCGCACCGGCGCGGAUCGAGUUUAAGGGAAUGAAAUUCCUGAUCACCGAUCGGCCCUCGGAUGCAACCAUUCUAUCGUACAUUGCUGAGCUGAAGAAACAUAACGUCUCGAUUGUGGUGCGCGUGUGCGAGCCAAGCUACAAGAUCGAGGAGCUGGCCAACCACGGUAUCAUCGUGCGCGAUCUAGCGUUCGAGGAUGGUACCUUCCCGCCGAACGAGAUCGUGAUGGAAUGGUUCGAGAUCCUGAAGCAAAACUUUCUGUACAGAUUCCAGGAAGAUCCGGAAGCGUGCGUGGCGGUCCAUUGUGUGGCAGGGCUGGGCCGGGCACCGGUGCUAGUGGCACUGGCUUUGAUCGAACUAGGACUUAAGUACGAGGCAGCUGUAGAAUUGAUUAGAGAUAAACGAAGAGGUGCUAUUAAUGCCAAACAACUAUCUUACCUAGAAAAGUAUAAGCCCAAGUCACGGUUAAAGCACAAAAACGGCCACAAGAACUCGUGCUGCGUGCAAUAAAACUAUCAAAAUUCCCACCA